CAGAUAAGCAAACAACAAAAGAAAUAAAAAUGAAACUCCUCGUACCACAUAAUAGUAAUUCACAAAAUGAACUUGAAUAUUUGUAUAGUGGUGCUAUAUUAUACUACCAGCAACCUAAUAUAAAUGUACCUGAAAACAAUUCUGAUCAUUAUUAUCAACUUACCUUGAGCGAUGAUUUAUGGCUUCAGCAAGCACAUGACUUUGGCUCAUUUUGCUUUGGCAUUGAUGGAAAGUACAACUUAAACAGUGAUGGGGCACCAAUUUUAUCUUUAGUAAUUAAAGAUAAUGCAGGUUACAGAACUUCAAUUGCAUUUGGACUAUCAAAUAAAGAAAAUAACUAUAUGAUUAGACUUGCCGUAGAAGCUGUUCAGUGCAAUAUUCCGUUUGAAGGUAAGUGUGUAGAUACUCAACCAAUUAACCAUUUUAUUAAAAGGUUAUAUAGUAUUACUUUAACAUGGGACAAUAUUAUUAAAGAAACCUCUUCACAGUUGGUAUUUGAAGCAGUAAAACCUGUGGUUGAAGGAUCAGAUACAUACUUUUAUGUAAAAAAGGAAAAUAGCGAAUUUAGAUCUUUAUAUACUAUGCGAAGAAUUAGUAUUGAUGACAAAUCAAGCAAAUUACUUCAGCUAAUGUUAAAUGAACUUGCAUCUAAAUAUCCU